UAGAAAACAGUCGAACACUGUGCUCCAGUUAUACCUGCUAGAGUUAGUUCAGAGUCAUAGAGAGAGAGGGAAGAGCUCUUGUAAUGGGGUCUUUGAAAAGUGAAGAAGCUGCAAGGAAGAAGGCAAUGUGGCUCUACCCAAACCUUGCGGGAUUCAAUCCUUCUGCAAGAUGGGGGCACUCUGCUUGUUAUUAUCAGGGGAAUAUGUAUGUUUUUGGGGGGUGUUCUGGAGGUAUGCAUUACAGUGAUGUUCUUGUUCUUAAUUUUGAAACAAUGGUCUGGAACACUCUUGUAACAACUGGUCAAGGGCCUGGUCCUAGGGAUAGCCACAGUACUGUUGUUUUGGGUGAUAAUAUGAUAGUUUUUGGGGGUACAAGUGGCUCCAAGAAGUGUAAUGAUCUUCAUAUUUUAAAUCUGAUGACCAAAGAAUGGACUCGACCUGAAUAUGGCGGAACUCCACCAUCGCCUCGAGAAAGUCAUUCUGCCACACUUGUGGAUGAUGAAGAAUUAGUGGUUUUUGGGGGAAGUGGAGAAGGUGAAUGCAUGAAUGAUCUGCAUGUUCUAAACCUCAAAACCAUGAGAUGGACUUCCCCUGAGGUUAAGGGUGAUAUUCCUGUUCCUAGAGACAGCCAUAGUGCUAUUGCAAUGGGAAAGAAGAUGCUUGUGUACGGAGGCGACCGGGGCGAUAGUUAUUAUGGUGAUGUUGAUAUGCUUGACAUGAACACAAUGACCUGGACAAGGUUGGCUGUUCAAGGAUCUUCACCCGGUGGCAGGGCUGGUCAUGCAGCUGUGAGUAUUGGCACACAGGUCUACAUCAUUGGAGGCGUUGGACACAAACGGUACUAUAACGAUACAUGGGUCCUAGAUUCAAGUACUUGUUCAUGGACCCAACUCGAUGUAUGCGGCCAAAUGCCACAAGGGAGAUUCUCUCACACUGCUGUUAUUACAGACUCUCACAUUGCCGUCUAUGGGGGGUGUGGGGAGGAUGAUCGUCCUCUCAAUGAGUUGUUGGUGUUGCAGCUUGGAACAGAACAGCCAUACGAGUGCUACGAUGUUCCUAUAUGCAAAAUUUUUGGAAGCCAUUUGAACCAAGAGAGGAGAAGGUUCUCCAGGGGAGCUAAUAUUAACACGAAUGUAAAACCUUUGCUUAUGGGGAAUCCUGUAGCAGUAGGGCAGACAUCCAAUAAAUCAGGAUCAGAACAAAAACGAUCUUCUUUACACUCAGAUACUCUGCAUCCAAAAAGGAGAAGAACUACGACUGCUGGAGCACGGGAAUUUAAAUCAGAACAAGAAGAGCAUUCUCUAUCUAUGUCCCAGCAUUCAUCAUCAUCUCACUCAGACCAAGAACUGCAACAGACCCCAAUUACCAAUCUUGAAGAAUCUGCCCCACCUUCUCAAGGUUUUCAUAUCUUUAAGCAAUUAAAUCAGAGUCCGAACAUAAAGAUCUUAGAAGUUCCAGCCAAAGAUAUCAGGUUUUCGACACAAAGUCCGGAGGAACUUAGCCACUUGUUAGGCGCACAUCAAAUGAAAGCCAGACGAGAGCAGUAUCUUCAUGGUGGACCAAGCAUGCACUUUCAAACUGCAGAACACAUACCAGUCGUUGCAGCAAACCCUAUGCGGAACUUUAUUGGUUCUGAGGUCCAUGGCAAAGUUGAUGGGGAAUUUGACUCUGGUUUCCUUAUGACUGCAACUGUUAAUGGAAACAUAUUUCGAGGGGUCUUAUUUGCACCGGUAAGCUUCAAAUAUCGAACUAUGUUGCACAACUUGCACUGAAAUCCUUAGUGUAGU